GCAUGGGAGUGGUGAAGCCAUGCAAUGCAACCCUGAUAUACUUUCAAGCAAAUAAUAUCAAAUCUCCUUUUCCUUCUUCUUCUUCUUGUUCAUUGAGUUGAGUGUUGUAAGAAAAAUGGGUAUUAAGCAAUUUAUAGGUUAUGCUUUAGCUGUGUUAGCAAGCUUGGUGGUGUCAGCUCAGGGCUCUGAUUUUGCAUUUUAUAAGCUGAGUCUGAUAUGGCCGACUUCUGCUUGUUAUCCACUCGCCAACUGUAAGACUCCAAUACCUACUUUCUUCACCAUCCAUGGGUUAUGGCCAACAUUUGCCAAUGACACCGCAGUUCCUGCUUAUGGGCCUAAUAAUAGAUGCCAUGCCAAUCCUGUUGGUCCCGAUGCUGCUGUGGCUAAACUAACACCCAUUCAAGACAGACUAAACCAAAGGUGGCCAAACCUUAGGGCAGGGGUUGACAACUCUGUUUUUUGGAGACAUGAAUGGCAAAACCAUGGGAUGUGCUCUGAUUAUCCUCAAGAUCCUUUGAGUUAUUUUAAUGAUACCUUAAAUCUUGCAACUUCCACCAAAUUCGACCCUUUCAAAGCUUUGGGAGUUCAACCAUCAAACACUCCCUAUCUUUUAAACACAUUGCUACAAAACGUGUACAAGAACGUGGGAGCCUAUCCUCAAAUCUCAUGCAGUCAACGAACAGGAGGCGCACUUUAUCUGAGAGAGAUCCGUUUCUGCCUCACAAGGACCAAUAAAACGCCACCUUCGGUGGUUCAAAGCUGCCCCACCAGAGUUGCCGGUGGAUGUAGAGACCCUCUCACCAACAAUGUUCACUUUCCCCCUGCCAGUUAGUGCUUUAUAAUUUUCCAUAAACAAAAUAACUCCUGGCCCUGGGUGGUUACAGUCGCUAUUUCGUGUAUUUUUAUUGUGCUUUAUAUUAUGAAAGACUAUGGUUUUGUUCCUCCUACAAAAUUGAGGGGAACAAGUUCUUGGUAUCCCAAAAAUGAAAUAAAUAAAAUAUAUUAUAAAUUAAUAUAUAAUAAAAA